AUGACGAGUCCACAAGAAGUCGCCAGCCUCAAUAUUACCGGGAACAGAUCCAUUCAUUUCACGCUGGACACCUCAGAGUGCACACCCAUCCAUGUGUCCAUCGUUGGAGGCACACCAGAUAGUAAUAUCUAUACAAUUGAGUUCGGUAACAGGUUAAGAGCUCGACUUAAAAUAAAUGAGAGGCUCGAGAAAGUCUCGACGCACAAAGGUCUCCAGUGCAGACCAAAUUUUGAAGCUUGGUUACUUUACAACAACGAGUCUGGCCUUAUUCGAUUUGGCAUUGGUGACAGAGUAAACGAAAACAUCGUUUUGAAUUACCAAAACGAAACUGCUAAGUUUUCAACUUACCUCUUGCAACUAGGGGCGAUGGUCAACAUGGAUUGGACAGUCGUUGUUGAGUGCCCAAACGAUACGUACGGGAUGCAAUGCGAGUUCUCUUGUGGUCACUGUGUCCGUUCGUCUGUUUGUGAUCGCGAGUCGGGAAUUUGUUCUGAAGGUUGCAGUUCUGGCUGGAAUGGACUGCUUUGUAACAUAGCGUGUGACAACGGUACCUACGGCCAAGACUGUCAUUCAAAGUGUGGUCACUGCCUCAAUGGUUUGGUGUGCAACCGAGAAUCCGGGUUUUGUCCUAACGGAUGUGAGCAGGACUGGGGUGGAGACAGGUGUGACUUGCUUACCACGUCCACAGAUACUACAACGACGAAACUGGAUGGACUGCUCAAGAAAGAUUUCAACACCUCUGCCCAGAGUAGCGGAUGUGACGUAACUGUCAGUUACAUGGCAACUAUGACAGUUGCUGUCACUAUUUUUACUAUGACGUAGGAUCCAGGUGGCGUCAAAAAUGACAAUUUACAUUUUUAUGAAAUUAGACGUGCGUCUCGUUGAUACGCGUAAAUGCACUACUUGACGAGCCUGGUUUCCUGUAAAUACGACAAAGCGCUGUCCACGGAGAAUCGUCAUGUGUAAUCACAGUAUACUAGUAAUUACAUUUUAUAAGAUUAUAAAAAAAUUUAACGUUUGUUAUUAAUUUUGCUUUUGUCUAAUAUCACUCGAUCGGCCUUUCAUUUAGGUCUAUGCUACAGAAUAACCGUUGAAAAUAAAUUUGGUUGGCAUCA